AUGGAUAGCAAAAAAAUAUCAUUCGGUUUUAUGAAAACCAAGAAGCAGGAUAAACCAAUACUGGUUGAGAGAAAAGAAUAUAUUGACUGCUUAGAAGAAAAGUCUAUCAAAACGGUCGGGGGUGAAGCAGCAGAAGAAUUUAAACCUUUAGUUAUACCUAUGAAGGCUAACACCUUAAUUACAGCUGAAAAGUUAAAAGCCAUAGCAGAGAAAGUAGAAAAUUUUGAUGAACCAGUUGUUGUGAAACAAGAAAAAGUUGAAGAAAUUCCUAAUAAUGAAACAUUAGAUCAAAUGGCUGUAAGAGAGUUAAUGGAAGGAGCCAAAAGCGUCAAAGUUGAAGAUACCCCGUCAUUAGUGGUACCUGUCAAUGUUAAGCCAGUAUUUGAAGGUCAAGUAGAGUCUACUCUGGAUGAUUAUGAGUCGGUGCCGAUACAAGACUUUGGAUUGGCCAUGCUUCGUGGUAUGGGAUGGACCGAGGGUAAAGAACAAUCUAAGUACAAACAGCCCCAAUUACGACCUAAAGGUUUGGGAUUAGGAGCAGAUAAAGUUGUGAAGGAAAAUCAAAAGAACAAAUCAAGCAAAGACGAAGAACUGUCUAUAGUUAAGAAUGCUUAUGUGAAAAUUACAUCUGGUAAAUACAGUGGAUAUUAUGGCAAGGUCAUCAGUUUGGAUGAGGACAAUGGCAGAGUAGUUGUUGACAUAAUAAUGAAGAAAGAAACAGUUAGUCUCAGUGAAUUUAUGAUGCAGCCCGUCACUAAAACAGAGUUUGACAAACAAUCAAAAGUUAUCAAUUCACAAUCAUACGAGGAAUAUAAGAAUAAUGAAAGGCUCAAUACUAAACCACAGAAUUCUAUGAAACCUGGCGAUAGAAAAGAUAGAAACGAAGGUUCUUCAAAUAACCAAUCAAAUGAUAAAGAACAAUUGGGCUAUAGAAAGGAUCGGAGUCAAGAAGAGAAUAGAAAAAAGGAUAUAAAUCAUUCAAAUGGCAGAAGUAGAAGAAGUAGGAGUCGGGAUAUAGAAGAAAGAGGAAGAUACAAACGUGAUUCUUCUGUCAGCAAAGAAAGAAGUCAUAGGAAAAGCAAUAAGAAAAGAUAUAGCAGUAAUGACUCAUUGAGUUCAAAUUCAGAUGAAAGAAAAAAAUCCAUAAGCAGAAGACACAGAUCGGUCUGCAGUAGCGAAUCUUCAGAUUCUAAUCAGAGAUUAAGAGAUAAGAGGAGAAAUAAAGAAAAAAAAGAUAUAGAUAAGAAAAGGAAAGGCAAAAAGAAGAAGAAGGAUAGAGAUCGCUCACCAAAUUACAAAAAACACAGAAAAUAA